CCUGGGCCUUGUUGUUUUGUUGCAGCCAAAAUGGUGGGAGCCUCUUCCAAUGCCGCUCUCAAGGACAACCUCUUGAGCCUCCAGGAGCUGGCUAAAAAAAUGGACGAUUUCGCCAAAGCCAGAGACUGGGACCAGUUCCACAGCCCAAGAAAUCUGCUCCUGGCACUUGUUGGCGAAGUUGGCGAGCUCUCCGAAGUGUUCCAGUGGAAGGGAGAAGUUCAGAAAGGCCUUCCCGAUUGGACUGCCGCCGAGAAGGAGCAUCUCGGCGACGAGCUGUCCGAUGUGCUGCUCUAUCUCACGCGCCUGGCGGAUGUCUGCGGGGUGGAUUUGAGCCAGGCCGCUCUUCGCAAGCUCGCCAAGAAUGACAAGAAGUAUCCCGUGGACAAGUGCCGAGGCUCCUCCAACAAGUACACCGCCUAGGAAGGCCACACUGGGAGAUAGAAA